AUGUCACAAUCCGGAGCGAAAAAAAAGGGUCGAACCCCGGCUCAUCAAAACAAGUUCGCCUUUCGGCAUAAUCCGAAAUCGAAAAAGACGGACGCUAUUCUAUCGCUACCGAACACUCACGUUUGCAGACGUUGUCACGAAAAGAUUGAAUGGCGUAAGCAGUAUCGAAAAUACAAGUCGCGAACGGUUGUCGGCAAGUGUAACGCCUGCCACCUCAAGAAAGUACAGGCAGCGUACCAUACAAUUUGCGAACUAUGCACAAGAGAAAGCGCAAAGGCAAAAGAGCUGUUGGCGAGUUGGGAAGAUGAGGAGCACGUUCGGGUGUGUGCCAUUUGUGUGAAAGAGGCGGCACUUCCAGAUGCCAAUGAAGCUGGCUUGGACGACAAUAUUACAGCAGCGACUCGUCGAUUGAAACUCCGCGAGCGGAAGACUUUGGAACGCCAACAGGAACGCGCGUUGAAUCCGAAAAGGAAAGACGAGCGAGAGUGUGCAGAUGAAGAGGGGAGCAACGAGAUCGUUGAGGAUGAUGGUUUAGAGACAGACGAGGAUGGUUUGAGUGGAUCUGAUGCCGACGACGAUCCAUUUCUAAAGGCGGUUGGUGGGGCGGACAAGCUGCUUACUGGCGAUGCGUACCGAAAUAUGCUGCUACAGAAGGCCGAGCAGCACCAGAAUAUACAAGCGGAGACCGGAAGCUCUUGA